UAUCGACUGAUAUUGGGUGCCAACCUGUCGAGGCAUGAGGCAAACCGAGAAAGACGAAAUUUCCCGAUGUCUUCUCGUAAACGUUGCCAGCUACCAAGGUUUGAGGAUGGCAGUCCCAGAUUUCUCCGCUCAAUUCUCCGACCUGAAGGUGCCAAAGGUGCCACCCCACCCGGGAUGAGCGUCAUCGGUGGCCAUACCGUCAGGGAGGGGGCAGGAACACCAGCUUACAGGGCAUCGAAAACUGGAGUUUAUCCGGCUUGAAUACGGACAGCGAACCUUCACCUGACCCUUCUUUCCCGGUCUCCGUUUCUUACCCUUUAUAUAGCCCACAAUUCCGGUACCUGGACCUAUAGAUUCUUGAUUCAUUUUCAUCCUUCUUUCUUUGCCAACGGAUUGCAGCGUUCACAUUGCUCUGAAAGGCCUUUCCCAAGUGUACCGCAAGCUUCAAAUAAACUAUACAGCAUUCUACGGGCAAUAUGACUCAAGCUGGGUUUACAUUUGCCAACUCCUCGGAAAAGGUUCCAGGUAAUGGCACCUUGCCUCCCGAGUUCACGAUAAACGCGAGUCCUUCUACGGAUAUCUGGUCGAAACCGCCCUCAACGGAACGCUUCAAUGCACCCAUCCUCUAUCGCAGUGCGCCCCUGAAGUCAUUCAAGAGGGCUCGAGUCGCAGUCCAUGCCAAUUGGCAGCAGAAAUACGACCAAGGCGGUCUCAUCCUUGUCUCGACUGCCGCGGAUGGAACCAGAAAAUGGGUGAAAACGGGCAUUGAGCUCACUCACGGCAAACCUCAUCUGAGCACUGUCGCGAAAGACCGUUGGGCGGACUGGAGCUUGCUUGCCAUCCCUUCUGGCGGCGCAGCAGCAACCAUCGAAAUCGUCAGGGAAGCAGACGAGAGCUUGUGGAUUUACUUAGUUGAGGGUGUCCAGAAGUCUCCUCUCCGUGAGGUUACAUGGUUUUUCGAGGAGCAAGAAUGCGCCGAAUGCUGGGUUGGCGUUUAUGCUGCGAGGCCGUCAAGUGAGGGAGGUGAUUUGGUGGUCAACUUUGGACAUCUGAUUGUUGAUCUGGCCGAGUAAUGAUACUCAGUAUGACAUGUAUGGAAUGACACGUGUACGUGGAGUGUAUGGGAUAGACGAGCAAUGUCAGCGACCUCAAUCUUACAGGAUCCCUUCGUUGUCCCGGAGGUAGAGGGCUCUGAGGAUAGCACGUAGAAAUCAGAAUGACAAGUGUCAAGAAUCUUACUAUUGAGUCCAAGUCUGGCUCGGUUACGCCCACACCUUGGACUCCUAUAUGUUUCUCUCUCUAGACAACGCUAACGGAUGGUUGAUCAAGCAGUUGCUAGUGCUUGGUAUGCUCUGCUGGCAUUUUAUUGAGGGGUUAUUAUCGAGUUACAGUAACUAUACAUGUUCGGACCUAACUCGGCUUAAGAAUGGACCUCAGAAGUUCUGUUUUAGAAGUCGGCGCUCAGUACGCAACCGGCCUCGAAACCAAAGUAAAAACCAAGGCAUUUAG